AUGAGCAGCGAGGAUUUAUUAUCGCAAUUUGAUGAAAUGGUGAAGCGUUUUAAGCACGAAUUCAAUGAUAUUAUCGAAAGGGAGCGAGCAAAAAUGAAGGCGGAAGUAGAGGCAUACAACGCAGAGAAGCAACGAAUGAAAUCAGUUGAAGUUAGCGACGACGAUAUGAUCCAUCUCAACGUUGGUGGACAAAAAUUCACCACGAAGAGAUCUACUCUGUGUCAAGUAGAAGGCUCGUUACUCGCUUCCAUGUUUAGUGGACGUUGGGAAGAUGGUCUCGAGCGUGAUCAAGAUGGCGCAAUUUUCUUCGAUUUCAGCCCACAAUAUUUUGGUUUCAUUUUGGACUAUCUGCGCACGAAGAAAAUUGCAACUCCGGAGAGUCCCGCAUCAAUGCCGAAAGUCCCCGAAGAUCAAGUAAAAAAUUUCAACAAUCUUGUUGAAUAUCUUGGCUUGCGUGAUGAAAUCGUCCCCGGUGAGAUUGUUGAGAUUGUGCCAAGCGAGAAAUUCAAUUUACACAGCCCUGAAGUCACUCUUUAUGAAAACAAAAAAGUCGCACUUAAUGGUCCAAAUUCAGACCAGAGCCAUAGAUAUGUUCUCGGCAGAAAUGUGUACCAACAAGGGAUUGUGAAACUCAAGUUGAAGUUGGAAUCAUUUCAAAAUAACCAUUGGAUAUUUGUUGGUAUAGGGAAAAGACAUGUUGUACCAGAGAACAACAAGUCAUUCGAAUGGCGGGGUUCUUAUGGAUGGAUCCUCGGGUCCUGCAGUUGUGAGGGAGAGUACAACAAUGGGAUAUUUACGAGGAACAAGUCGUUAACAGGUGUUGCCAAACAGAGUGACACGAUUGAGUUAGUCCUGGAUUGUAAUGCUACCGACAAUAAUGCCAGGCUGACACUAAAUUUGUCCACCCGUCAGUGGUUUUUUAUCAAUAUACCACAGUCGCAAACCUGGAGAUUGAAUGUAACUUUGCUUGGUUCAAAUGACAAAAUUCGAAUUGUGGAAAAUUAA